AUGUUCAAUGCUGUUUCUGAAGCCGUCUGGCUUUAUCCUCUCAAGGGCAUCGUCUACUUCAUCGCCCACCCGUAUUUCUACCCUCUCUUCAAGACUCGCCUGAUUCCUAUCUUACUCCUCUCCGCCUUCAUCUACGCCAACCUCUUCAUCUGGACCUUUCUUCCUCAGGCUGCCUUCCUCGCGAUAUUUCACGGACCUGGAGCCUGGCUCAAUGCCACUUUUCUCGUCCUAGGAGAAGGUGCUGCAAUCGUUGCCCUGCUCUUCGAGGCAUUCUUUGUCGACGAAACACUGGUGGAUAUCUUUGAUGCGGUGCUGAUCGAUCAGGGACUGGCCGACAUGGUCGGUCAGGCACGUCUCAUUCACCCGGAUGCUUCAAACUCCGUACAGAUGCUCGGCAAACCUACAAUCUCCUCGAUCUACAGCCCCUUCAGUCUGCGUCAGAUCAUAGAAUUUGUCAUCCUUCUGCCGCUCAACUUCAUUCCCUUCAUUGGGGUGCCGCUCUUCUUAAUUCUCACGGGAUACAGAGCUGGUCCCUUCCAUCAUUGGCGGUAUUUCAGGCUACGCAGCUUCUCGAAGAAGGAUCGAAAGAAUUAUGUUCGGCAACGACAGCUCAAGUACACCUGGUUUGGUAUCGUGGCGCUAUCGCUGCAACUUGUCCCAGUACUGAGCAUGUUCUUCCUGCUCACUUCCGCGGCUGGAAGUGCCUUGUGGGCCGCGAAGAUGGAAAAGGCUCGACGGCUCCGAGAAAGCGUUGCUGCUCCGUCUGCGGAGCCAUAUCAAGACAACCCAGUCUAG